AUGAAGUCCCGCAAUGCGUUUCUUUGCAAGUCCACCAGGUUUCUAUUGGUCCUGAGUUGGCUUGCCUCGGAUACCAAUGCUUUCGUCCUACCCGCCACAAGAAAUUUUGUGGAUACCCCCACCAGUCGUUAUCCGUCCAAGAGCAAGUUGUGCUUUCAUUCCCAUGGCAAUGAAGAAGGUUCUCGGAGGCGCAAACGAGACAUUCUACGCAAGAGAUUGCGAGAAUCCUCCGUGAUAUCCAGUGGAUGGCGCCAACGACGAAAAAGUCAACAACUGGUAUCACCGUCUGUGGCGUUGCAGAAUGGAAAAAAUGACGACGACAAUAGCAACAACAAUAAAGAUGAUGACCUCAGCAGUAAUAAACUGCCGCAAUUCUUGGAACCCUACAACCAGCGAUUGGACGCUUUUUUGGAAAAGUGCAGCGAGUAUUGGCAGCAGCUUCAAACCAAAUUCCCCUUUCUCAAAGAAAUUCCUGAAUGGUUUGGCAAUAUCCGAGAACGAUUGACGUGGGGAGUUUUGAGUUUUGUUGCUGGCAUUGUUUUUACCAUUGGAGCCAUUUUUAUCCCCGUCUACAACCAAGUAGAAACUCUGACCGAACCAGUCACUCUCUUUGAGACCAUUCUCAGUGAUUUGGACCGUGGCUAUGUGGAAGAAGUCGAUACCAACAAAUUGUUUGAAACUGGAAUCUCGGCCAUGUUGCGCUCCCUUGAUCCAUACACGGAGUUUGAAGGAAGACAACAAGCCACGGAUUUGACGGAAAGCAUCGAGGGAAAGUAUGGAGGUGUAGGAUUGGUCAUUUCAGGGCGUGUAACACCUGAGAAAAAGACGCCAGCAAAACUCAACGUCCCGGCUGAUCAGGCAACACCGGUAGGAGCCAAAGAGGGUGACAUGGACAGCAUGGGCAAUGCAGUAGACGAGUUGGAAGAUUAUCUUGACGAAGAUGGUGAAGAAAUCGAUGCCGAAGAACGUGCCUUCUUCAAAAAGCAGUCGCAGUUGGCUCGGGAUCGUGGGAUUCAUGUCGUCUCGGCAUUUGAAGGGUACGCUUUUGAUUAUGGAAUGAGGGUCGGUGACAAGUUGGAAUCUAUUGACGACAAAAAAAUCACUGCAGACUUUACUGUAGAGGACGUUCGCAACACACUUCGUGGGGAACCGGGAACUCUGGUGACCAUUUCCUUUACCCGCGAAGGGGUAGAAGGCGUCCAGUCUGUGACCAUGCCUCGGCAGAUUGUGCGUGUGCGAGAUGUCAAACUGGCCACUCUGCUCGGAGAUCCACGUGAUGGGAUGGGUUACAUUCAGCUUUCCGGAUUUGCCUCCCAAACAGGAGCGGAAAUGCGUAACGCCAUUUUGACACUCCAGCAAGCGGCACUGGAUGCCAGCAAUGGAGAGCACACAUUGCAGGGUUUGGUUUUGGAUUUAAGAGGAAAUCCUGGUGGUUUGCUCACCUCCGCCGUGGAUGUAUCAUCGCUUUUGGUACCCAAGGGAAGUGAUAUUGUGUCAGCUAGAGGUAGAGGUUUCCCUGGCGUUCUCUAUCGCAGUCGAGUGGACCCUAUUCUGGAUUAUUCCCAGACCAAACUGGCAGUGCUCGUCAACGACCGAACUGCAUCCGCUGCCGAGAUUGUUUCUGGUGCCAUUCAAGAUCUCGAUGUUGGGAUCAUCGUUGGAACCGAUCGGACCUUUGGCAAGGGCCUAGUGCAAAACGUGGAAGAGCUACCGUUCGACACGGCGCUCAAGUUUACCGUCGCCAAGUACUACACACCAAGUGGCCGCUGCAUUCAAGGCAUCCAAUACAAGGAGGGAGGAGGCUUAGGCGCCAACUCUCGCUACAUCGAAAAGAAGGUGGCGGAGAAAGAUCGAGGUGUUUUCUACACCAAAUUGGGCCGGCCGGUGCAAGAUGGAGGUGGCAUUGAAGCAGACUUGAAGGUAGCUGCCCCCAAGGCUUCCGCAUUGGAAGUCACACUCUUGAGGUCAAACAUGAUUGCAGAUUUUGCUGCUCAAUGGAGUCGCUCGCACGAAUUGAGCAACAAGUUCGAGGUGGACGACGAUACGUACCGCGAAUUCCAAAAGUUUGUGAGUCAAAAGCAGCAGCAAGGAGAAAUCAAGUUGGAAGCUUUGUACAAUGGUCCUAUUGUUGACUUGAAGAAGGUCUUACAGCAAAGCGGCUACAAAGGAUCUGAAAAAGAGCUUGAUCGCUUGAAGCAAACCAUCGUGAGAGAGGUCAUGAAGGACUUUGAUCGUUACAAAACUGAUAUCAAGGAAGAUAUUACACAGAGUAUCCUCGCACGGUACCUGCCAGAGAGCAUGCUCAUCGAACGUGGGGUCAAGACUGAUGUACAAGUCAAGGAAGCCGUGAAACUGCUCUCCAAUUCCCGCAGAUUCGACAGAAUCCUGGCGAAAGGCAGUUCCCAGGAGAAUGUGGAGACGAGUAGUUUGAAGGUGGCGAGUACUGAGGCUGGUAAAGACACUGAAGGGGCCAAACUCAAUGUGAAGUGGUAA